AUGGAGGGCGACCCAUUCCCAAAGAGGCUAUUUGCUACGAAUCUAUAUGCAUUCAGUCAUCAGACCUUCUCGCUGGCGAGGAUAUUACUCCUGAACAAUCAGCCCACCACGCCGCCUCCUACCCAUCUGAGCGUUAUCGUGCCGUUAACACAGCAGCAGAUCGAGGACGAGACACUGGUUCUAACGAGGAAGAUCCUUGGCACCGCCAUGAGCCAUGCGGACUCUGCUAUUCCUUUCAUAUCAACCUUGGCAGUCUCGUACGCCGGACACCUUCUCACCGACAGACUGGCACAAGAACACGCGUAUGGCAUCUUGUACAAGGCUCAGCGACAAGUUGCCGGCUUGACACCAGCAGAAGAAUUCACGCGAUUGAGACAGGUUUGGGCUUGGGAUGUGCCAUAUGCAAAUGUUCUGUGA